ACCAAAGGCUGCCGCGGCGGCCGGGAGUGAUGGCUUACUUAACGGUGUGCCCAGCCACUUAGGAACCACUCACCUGGUGGUUCCAGAUAGAGCCCUCUUUGCUUCGCUCGUCCGGGGUCAGACGCACAUACUGGCUCGUGAGCAUCGUGCUGCCUUGGAAGUCCCAGAGGGGCAUGGAACUGGAACCGACCCCUGUGGGCAGAGACCGAAUAAGCACGUUCUCUGUAAGGCACAGGCAGAGACACUUCCUGUGGCAGAGAAAAGAGGUAGUGAGCUGGUGUUUCAGGAUGUGAGGGCCUGGAGGAGUGAAGCAGGGCUCUUUCUGUUGCCUGCCCGCCACCUGCCUGCUGCUGUGCAAGCUCUGGUCGGCGCUGCCCACAGUCCCCAUGGUGGGCACCUCCUGCGGCGGGGACCCGUGAACAGCAGCGGCAUGCCAGGGAAGCCCAAGCACCUGGGUGUCCCCAACGGGCGCAUGGUUCUGGCUGUCUCAGAUGGAGAGCUGAGUAGCACAGCAGGCUCGCAGGGCCAGAGUGAAGGCCGUGGCAGCUCCCUCAGCAUCCACAGCCUCCCCAGUGGUCCCAGCAGCCCCUUCCCCACUGAGGACCAGCCUGUGGCCAGCUGGGCCCUGUCCUUCGAGCGGUUGCUACAGGACCCCCUGGGUCUGGCUUACUUCACUGAGUUCCUGAAGAAGGAGUUCAGUGCUGAGAAUGUGACUUUCUGGAAGGCCUGCGAGCGCUUCCAGCAGAUCCCGGCCAGUGACACCAAGCAGCUAGCUCAGGAGGCCCGCAACAUCUACCAAGAAUUCUUGUCCAGUCAGGCGCUGAGCCCCGUGAACAUCGACAGGCAAGCCUGGCUCGGGGAGGAGGUGCUGGCUGAGCCCAGGCCAGACAUGUUCCGGGCACAGCAGCUUCAGAUCUUCAACUUAAUGAAGUUCGACAGCUACGCGCGCUUCGUCAAGUCUCCGUUGUACCGGGAGUGCCUACUGGCGGAGGCCGAAGGGCGCCCCCUGCGGGAACCCGGCUCUUCGCGCCUGGGCAGCCCCGAAGCCAGCAGGAAGAAGCCGAAGCUGAAGCCCGGGAAGUCGCUGCCGCUGGGCGUGGAGGAGUUGGGGCAGCUGCCUUCGACUGAGGUUCCUGGAGGGCGCCAGCUCCGCAAGUCCUUCCGCAGGGAACUAGCGGUUGGAGCUCCCAACUUGCGCAGAGAGUCUCAGGGCUCCCUCAACUCCUCUGCCAGUCUGGACCUCGGCUUCCUUGCCUUCGUCAGCAGCAAAUCUGAGAGCCACCGGAAGAGCCUUGGGAGCUCAGAAGGUGAGAGCGAAAACCGGUUAGGAAAGUAUUGCUGCGUGUACCUGCCUGAUGGCACAGCCUCCUUGGCCCUGGCCCGACCUGGCCUCACCAUCCGUGCAAUGCUGGCAGGCAUCUGUGAGAAACGAGGCCUCUCUCUACCUGAUAUCAAAGUCUACCUGGUGGGCAACGAGCAGAAGGCUCUGGUUCUGGAUCAGGACUGCACGGUGCUGGCCGACCAGGAAGUGCGGCUGGAGAACUGGAUCACCUUUGAGCUGGAGGUGGCAGCGCUGGACCGUGUGGUGCGGAUCUCUGCUAAGCCCACCAAGCGGCUGCAGGAGGCACUGCAGCCCAUCCUGGCGAAGCACUGCCUGAGUCCACAACAGGUGUCACUCCACCGGCCAGGGGAGAAGCAGCCGGUGGAUCUGGAGAAGCUAGUGAGCUCCGUGGCCACCCAGAGACUGGUUUUGGACACUCUCCCAGGUGUGAAGAUCCCCGAAGCCAGCCACACAUCCCCCUGCCGCAGCCAGGGUGACCCACCUAGAACCCAGAACAAGGCAGCCCAGCCUUCUCCACCGCCCCUCAACUCGCUGGCCGAGGCGUCCAGUAGUGUCGCUGGGAAGCGGCAGACGUGUGACAUUGAAGGCUUGGUGGAGCUGCUGAACCGGGUACAGAGCAGUGGGGCCCAUGACCAGAGGGGCCUUCUGCGCAAAGAGGACCUGGUGCUUCCAGAAUUUUUGCAGCUGCCUGCUCAAGGGUCCAGUUCCCAGGAAGCCUCACCACAGACUGAAUCAGCGGUCCAGACCAAAGGGGGCUCCUCGGACUCCACUGCCCACUCGGCCCUCUGACUAUUGCCCAACAGUCCAGGCCCACUGCAUGGCACCUUGUGGGCCAAGCAUGCCAUGGGCCCGCUCUGCAUGCCCUGUAUGUGCCAUGAGUGUCCCUGGCCCCUUCCUGCCACGGGCAGGCCCGAGGGCAGGGCUGGGAGGGGUGAGGAGCUGCUUCAGAGGAGCCAUACCUAACAGCUGCCACCACUUGGUCCUGCACAGGCUCCCCCACCCAUACCUUACAGCCAGGCCACUGCAGGGAGGUGGACCUAGUCCCCAGGGCAGGCUUGCUCAACAGGGAGGGAUGGCGUUGGCAGUGCCAGCCUCCCCACCUGGUGCCAAGCCUCAGUGGGGAGCAGGAGGAGGGGCCGGCCCUUCCUCAGGGAGCUGGUAUGAGUAAGACCUGGGGGUGCAGGCAGGUGGGCAGCCCCUCCCUCUACCUACAUAAAUUCUACUGUACAUAUGGAUUUUGCAGUUGGCUUGGGGCAGCUGGGUUUGUCCUGGAUGUAUGAUAUUAUUAUUAUAAUAAUUAUUAUUAUUCUGCCAUGAGGCGUGUUUCUUACAUACCAGUCUACGCUGUGCCCCUCCACCCCAAACCGCACUGCCUGUCACCAGGGUCAGUGCCAGGAAGCUAUCAAGGACUUCAGGAUGUGCCCCCUGACUUCCUGUUGUCAGAACCUCUCUUCCUGACUGCACAGAGUAUGGGGGUGUAAGAGACAGAGACAGCAAGAAGGAAGGUGUUGGAGGGUGGGGUAAGGGGAGAGUUUCCUUUGGGGAACCCUGCCUUUGCCAGGUGUCUCCAAGCAAUCUCAUGGUCUCUGGAUCUGUAUGCACCCUCCGGUUGCUGUCCUCUGCUUCUGCUGGGGACUGAGUGUGUCUGCAGAGCUGCUGCAGGCUCCCUUGGAUGCAUUGAAGCCGUGGUAGACACGUGGUUGUGGUGGGGCAGGCUCCACCUCUCGCCUGCUUUGGCUGAGUGGGGACAGCCAGGGAAGCCUGGAACGAUGCAAGGAAGGGGCUCCCAGCCUACAGGCAGAGAAGUCAGACUCAGCUUGAUGCUGACACAUAGCUACACGGGAGCCUUGGGAAGGCACCCCGGGAAUAAGGGCCCUCUUCCCCACUGCACUUGCCUCUUACUGCCCCCAGUCCCAUGACUGACUCCUCAACCCUGAAAUUCCUGCCUGAGGUCAGAGGGGAUCGCUGGCUCACAGUAACUUUCUAGGGAAGUUGGAAAUCAAACUCAAGCCUUCCUGGGGUUGGGGGGUGCUAGCCCACUGUCUCCUCAGCCCCUUUUGUGGGAUGGGAUGACCACAUCCCCUGGCUGCUGGGGUAUCUCAAAAUCUAGACCUGGCUAAUCAGAGUUUUGUUCAGGGAUGACCUCUAAUCCCAGUCAGAAUCCCAACUCUCGUCAUUUUUUACCAUCUCCUGGGGAUGUGCAGAAAGGACAUUCUGGGAGAGAAGCUCAAUGUAAUAAAGCCCCCAGCGAGAGCAGGACAGAGAGUGGAAGAGGAUUCCUGACAAAAUUGACCCAAAUGCCUAAAUUCAGCCAUGCAUGCCUGAAGUCAGCUGGCCCAGACUUUUUGGUUAGGCGAGCCAACACAUUCUUUUGAUAUGUGUGUGCUUGCAACUCUGGGUGGGGUUGCUGAGACCCACAACCACAAAAUUCCUGCUUCCCAGACAAGCUCAGCCUGAACACUUCAGAGGAGCCUCCCCUGGUCAUGGGAUGCUCUAGUCUUAGUGUUUGUGCCCGCCCCCCCAACUCAUAUGUUGAUAGUAACCCCCAGUAUUAGGAGGUGGGGCCUUUGGGGUGUCAUUACACCUAAUGAGGAUUGAGCCCUCAUGAAUGGGAUUAAAGAUCCUUAUAAUAGGGACCCCAGAGAUCUCCUUUACCCCUUCUGCCUGGUGGGGACACAGGGAGAAGUUGACCAGCUACAACCCAGAAAAGAGCCCUGAUCUUUGGAUUUCCAACCUCUAGA